CGCGUACGUGUCGUGGGCCCCGCGUGGGUUAGGUUACUCUAGUUAUAGUUAGCUGGCAGGUCGGGUUAGCCCACUAGCACUGCGUCAACCUCAACUUCCGCUCCAAACCCCGCCCUUUGAGCUCUCCAUGCUCAGCUUGCCUCCACAUCAUCCACGAUGAUCAGUUCUGCGAUCUUUUUUGCGCUGUGUCUAUUCUUCAUCGCGGUGGUGACACUGCUGCUGCAGCGACGGUAUCUGCCGCUCCGAAGCUCGCCGGAGUACCUGCUCGUCUCUACGUUUCUGGGACUGUUCCUGUCGUCGUCGAUUAUCGUACUCGUGCCCAUUGAUCUUGCAUCCAGCUCGGCCACGGAUGAUGGGUCGCGGGGUGUCACGCUUCCUCAGCGAGUUCUCCUGAUCUCCUGGCGAAUCUCCUACUGGCUCUGCUUCGUCCUCACCUGGGCGAUCCUCCCGAUCCUCCUCUCGUACUCCGACUCCGGCCACCGGUCGCCGCAGAAACGCCUCCUCCAAUCGCUCCGCGAAAAUGUCCGCUACCACCUCACGAUGCUCACCGUCGGCGGUGUGGGUCUUGUCUACUUCUUCAUCACGUCCGGCGUGCACAUCUACAGUAUCCAAGCGCUCCUCGUGGCGAUAUCCUACUGCUACGCCUUAUUCCUCGCGAUAUCACUGAUGGGGCACGGGCUCGUUGCGAUCCCGCGGGGGCUGUUCCGGGCGGCGAGUGUGUCCGGCACGUUGCGGGAGCUGCAGCGGCGCGCGCCACGCGCAUACGAGAAGCUAGUCGAAGCGACGAGCAAUCUCGAGGCGGUGGAGGGCGAGGUUGCGCUCGUGGCUGAGCGCAAGACGGGGACCGCGCUCGAGUUCCAAGACUGGAUUGAGGAGAUCGCGGACAUGGCGCGCGUUCCGCUGUCUGCGGGGAGUGCGCGCCGCGGUGGAGGCGCUUUCGCGGGUGGACUGCUGGGUCAGAGGUCCAGUGUGCCGCAGGUCAUCACGGAACAGUACCUGGCGGCGUUGACGAGGAAGCUGAAGCUGUGCAUUCACCGCCGUGCGCGGUUCCUCUCCGAGUGGGAGAACCUGGUCCAGGCCGCGGCGGACGCGCAGUCCGUCCUCGACUCCAAGUCGUCGCAGCGCUUGACGUUUAUAAAACACUUCACGUCGCCCACACUGCUCGAGAACAUCUCUGUGCUCAACCCCUACACGCGACACAUCUACCACUUCCACGUUGUCCCCUACAUUCACCUGCUCCUAGGUGUCCUGCUCUCCAUCGCGUCGGCGAUGAUAGUCUGGACCGAGCUCGUAUACUCCGCCUUCCCCAAGCUCGCUGUCAUCCGAUACACCGUCGUGCACCAUCCCAGCUCCUCGACGGGCAAAAUCGGGUUCGCGGGCCAAUGCAUCUCGAGUCUCUGGAUCGCCUACAUGUGUUUCGCGGCGUACUACACCCUCAGCUCGGUCAAAGUGUGGGGCUCAUACGCGCUCGUCAAGCGGGGGACCUCCGCGAGUUCCGCAUGCUUCUACGCCUCGUACGCGGCACGGCUCACCGUGCCGCUCGCGUACAACUUCGUGCUAUUCCUGCCGGAGGAGGACAUCGUGCAAAAAAGCGUGUUCUACAAUUUCCUCGGGAAGCUGAUCAAGCUCUCGACCAUCUCUGAGGGCUUCAACGAUUGGUUCCCCGUGCUCGUGCUGAUCCCCGUCUGCGCAAGCCUCUUCAAUCUCUACAGCCGCGUUAAGAACGUCUGUGGCUUUGGCGAUGUCGAAGACGACGACGAGGACGACGUAUUCGGCGGCGGCGGCUGGAGGGAGGGGAGAGACCUUAUCGAGCGCGAGCUACAGGGCGUGACCACGGGAAGGCUGAUGAACUACGGCUCCGCCACCACCAACCCCACCACCACACGACCCUCGAGGUAUAGAGACAACCCUACGGAGGAGGAAGAGGACGCGGCGCCGCCGCUCGACGGCGGAAUACUGGGGCUUGGCGGGUUCGUGCACCGCAUUCGGAACACGUUCGAUACUGUCGAGGCGCCCAGGUGGUUCAAGGACGCUACGGCGGCCGCGGAACAGAAUCGCCCCAGGUGGAUGAGGGGCGAUGGCGCGGGUUAGCACUGAGGAGCGGAAGGGAAUCGCGCAUGCUGCUUUUGAUACGAGGUCAUGACUGAGAUUAAGGAUGGGAUGGGGUGGGAUGGGAUGACAUGGGAUGCGAUGCGAUGGGAAGUGGGGUUUUGGUUUCAUUGUUGCUUGGUGGUCGUGGUGGGAUGGCAGAGGGAUGGCAGAGGGAAUGGAUGAUGGCGCGAACAUGUGGCUGGCCGGGCGGAUGCAGUCGGCGCAGGUCGAGAAGUCCCAGAGUGGGAUGGACACCCCCAGGUGAUCGUGACAUCGAAGACAUUUUCGAGCACUUUCUUCACAUAAGUCUACCCUGGCGAGUGAGAUAUGGAUAUUGGCUUUUUAGCAUCACGAAGUUACGAAACCGUCCCACAAACCAGGGUUUAUGAGCAGACCGAGUCACAG